AUGGACGUUUCACUUCUUGUAAGUAAAUUCUUAGGUUAUGUCAUUGUUACUUUUUCAAUGAUCAUGAAAGUUCCUCAAAUUCUAUCUAUUUAUAAUGCUAAAACAGGAUAUGGUGUUUCUCUUCAAUCUGUUACUAUUGAAACAUUUCUCUAUGCAAUUUCUUUCAAUUAUCAUUAUCAAAAUAACUUCCCGUUAAGUACUUAUUUUGAUUAUUUCUUCUUACUUACUCAAGAUAUUAUUAUUAUUCUUUUAAUUGUUUAUUAUGCAAACAAAUUUACUUCUAUGUUUUAUACUCUUGCUUGUAUUUUUGUGUCUUUCUUCUUAGUGUUGUUUUUUGGUUUAUUCCCAUUAUCUCUUUUAGAACUUUUACAAGCUUUAACAAUUCCAUUUUUCAUUCUCGCUAAAGUCCCUCAAAUCUACUCUAAUUUUGUUGAAAAAUCUACUGGGUCUUUGUCUCUCAUUACCACUAUUGGACUUGCUGCUGGUAAUGUCAUAAGAAUUUUCACUACUUUAAAGGAAAUGGAUGGUGAUUUUACUAUGCUCAUCUCAUACACUCUUGGUGCUUUAGUUAACAUCAUCAUUAUUAUUCAAAUCCUCAUUUAUGGAAACAAAUCCCCUGCUCCCAAGAAGGAUAAUUAA